UGAGGCUGGUCCCGAAGGAUACAAGAUAAGAAACACUGGAUCGCUGCCCCAUUUCAAUGACUGGUGCACAAUUAUUGUGGAUGAUAUGGGCAAAAAAAUCUACAUGUAUGGCGGGAGCCGUCCCAAUGACAAAAAAUACAUCCCUACGAACGAUUUCCAUGUUCUGGAUGUCGACGCUAUGCAGUGGAAGAAGCUUACACCAAAAUUCUGGUCUAAUGCUCAUCAACCAUUCGAACCAAUAGGGAAACCGGAACCCUUGCCGUCGUUGUUCAAACCAGCUUGCUCCUUCUUUCAUUUCAAAGAGACAAAUUAUAUCUUCAUGUUUGGUGACUUUGACGUCGACGACGAGGCCGUGUCUUCUCAUCUCAUAGCUAUUGAUCUUGAUGACCCGCAGUGGUGGUACGUCGAAAUUGAGGGAGGCAACGUUUGUGGGCGGAUGAACGCGUCUAUGAUCGGGAUAGACAACAAGCUGUUCAUCUUUGGUGGGCGGGCCUCGUACGACAAGAAUUCUCUCGGUAUAGCAUCUUACUCUAUCGCAGAAUACACAGACUAUCGAUGGAAGUGGAUGUCGGGAAGGCAGGAGAGGGCUUACGAUGCCCAUGUUCCGCCGUUAGGGUUUGGUGGACGGGCUCUCUCUGUGCAUGGGGAAAAGAAGAUUUUGUUGACACCUGGGCGCCUGAAUAACAAGGCACCUGUGGACAUGCAGGAAUCAAACUCGAUCUUCUUCUACACCACUAACUUCAUAUUUCGUGCAGCUGCGGACACAAUCGGCACCUUCCCUGGAAACUUGCGCUGGUAUGGGUCGUACUCGAGUGAAGGUUCUCAACCUUCCGUUCCAACUUUGCCAACGACCUCGCCGUUGCUCCGAAAACGGAAACGAUUGUCUUCCCCGCCGCGAGAACGCGUAGUCUAUCCGGCGCAUGCCAUGAUUGCCGGGUGGGUGGACUAUGGAAAAGAAGAUCAUAUCAUGCCAGGGCUAUGGCAGUACUUCCUUCCACCGGAAGAGAAAAUUCAGUGUUUCAAUGUCCGCUCAACGAUCGGGUCCAUGGAUCUGAACCUGCAUUCCUUCGCUGCAGUUGGUAAUCGAAUGAUCUUUUUUGGUUAUGAAGCAGAAAGUGAAAGCGAUAAGGUUCCAGAUGAUGCAACAUAUAACAUUUGCGUCGAGAUAGAUUUGGGAGUAGUUUCCAAGAAUGCGACGGAAGUCAAGAUUGAAGAAGAGAACCUUGGCGUUGGGCAAUAGAGUCAUGGAUGACAUACUCCCCGCACGUUAGGGAUGUCCAGGAUAGGGCUUGGAGAUGAAUAAGUGUGUGAAGGUGCAUGGUCGCCCUACGACAUCAAGAAACAAGUGAAUUGUAGCCCAGAAACUUUUUCUCCCUUUUCAUGGCGUAGCGAGGGGAGGAAAUUUACCAGGAUUGCGGUAUCGAAACGCUUCGCAUUUUCUUCAAGUAUCAAAGGUAGAUGUCAAUUAUCAUUUUCUUGUCAUUGCGCCUUCUGUGUACAUACUCGACUGACGUCUUGUUUUGGUGUCUUGACCGUUUAGGGUUUGA